UAGCGGCCAUGCCCAAGCGGGGCUGCCCCUUCGGGGUCGCGGCCCCGCUGCAGCUCAAGGUGCGCGUGGGCCUGAAGGAGCUGAGCCGCGGCGUGUGCGGCGAGCGCCACUCUCGGGAGGUCUUCGAGAGGACCAGGCAGCUCCUGGUCCAGGGUGCCCAAGCCUUCAUGGAGCGCGGGUGGGAGGGAGGCCCGCCAGAGAGCUGUACCCUCGUCCACCAGCCCGAGUCCCCAAGGCCCAGCCCCACUGCUGUCCCGGCAACCACCUGCAGGCAGAUGCUCAUUGGACCAGGAGGCUGCUUGCUGCGGGGCCCAUCCCAGGCCCUGGGGGCCAACGUGUCUGAGACGGUGUUCCGGGCCUGCUCCUCAUGCGUCCGCAGUGUGGAGGGGAAAGCGGCCUGCAGCCAGUGUGAGCGGCCCCAGUGCGGGCGCUGCCUACGUACCUGCUGGGGCUGUGGCACCAGCACCUGCACCCUGUGCUGCACUGUCGAUGACAGCGAUGUGCAUGAGAGGGCGCUCUGCAGCAGCUGUGCCAUGUUUGAAGACUGAGAGAUUGAGGCCCCCUGCUGCCGCCUGCCUGCGCUGCUGAGACUAAAGAUGGAGGGAGGGGUGGG